CGUUUAGAGCAGAACAGGGAAGAUAGAAACAGACACAAAACAAGUGAGUUAUGUAAACCUGUCCAAGAUGAUAUUAUUAGUCAGUCUUUUCCUUUGGAAUAUUCCUUCAUUUGCAUUUUCAGCAUCAUCGGAACCGAAAAUAAACUGCCUUAUCAUAAAUCUGGACUAUGUUAACUGCACAUGGAGUGAGCUUGGGCUCAAGUACAAUUACAGUUUCAAGAGCAGCUUUUCACAUCACAAAAUUCUGGAUUGUUCUACAUAUCACAAGAUUAACAGUGUUAAUAUGGGCUGCGCGUUUCCCUACAAAAAAACACAAAGGUUUAAUUCGUUGAACACAUGGCUGUACAGUGACAACGGCAGUUUGGUGACAGAGCAGAGCCAUUCUCUAAAAGAAUAUGUGAAGCUUAACCCUCCGUUCAACCUGUCUCUGGUGGAGAGAAAAGAUACUGAACUGUGGCUGUACUGGAAUGUCACCAAUGAUGACAGCUGUAUUGAGAGUGAAGUUCGUCACAGGACAGACAACAACUGGAAGAACACCUCUCCGGGCAGCAGGAGUUCCUUCGUUUUGUCUUUUCCCUCCAAAAAACGGUAUGAGUUCCAGGUCAGGGCUCGAAUCUCAUCAUCCUGCGGAGAGUCCAAGUUUUGGAGCGACUGGAGUGAGUCUGUGUACAAGACCAACGACACAGAGAGUCUGGCUCCCAUGUCUGUGACGACACUGGUGCUGUAUACAGUGGGAGGCGCAAUAAUACUCGUCAUACUCGCCUGCUUGCUGGUCCAAAGUGAGAGAUUAAGAAUAAUUUUAAUACCAGUGGUACCAAAUGCAGGACGAAAUGUAAGCCAAUACCUUGCAUCCCUUUUUGACAAUUAUGAUGGCAAUAUAGAGAAAUGGCUGUCCAUGCCUAAAGAUCUGGAGAACGGCUUCAAACCCAAUUUCACAGAGCGUGCCUGUCCUGUGCGCGAGUACGGAAUGGUGUCCCAGUCCAGCAGUGACAGUGAAAGCAUCCUCUCAAACCCAACAGACCUGUCGUCAGAUUACCAAUCCAUGCAUAGCUAUUCAUCAGCCUCCACCAUACCUGGACCUGCUGAAGCCCUACCAACCCAGGACCCAUCUCCAGUGGAUAACCCAGUAUCUGUCUUAAUCUGACUGAGGCAAUUCAGUGCGUCAGGUGCUCUUCUGACCAAAAAACGUUCUGUUUUGAAUUUUAAAAAAUCACAGCUUCAUCGGAAUGUUACGAAACUUGGUGACUUUUAUGGCAUUAGGUAUGUGAACACAACAAAAAAAUUGAAGGCAUGAUUCAAGCAGGCUAAGUGGUCGUACAAAAAUUAGUCACUUUCGCUCUUCGGUCAAAAAUGACCGACCAUAGGAAAUGAAUGGGAAAUUGACAAAAACACAAAAAUUCUCUACAAAUCGGCCACGAUGCAGAAAAAAAAGUGCUCAGCAAUGAAUGGGUGACCC